GCCAAGCAGUCUCUAGACUCAGAAAGAAAGAAAAAAGAAGAGAGGGGCAACCGGGGAGGGGGCAUCCUUCCGGGCCCAGUUUGCGCCUGAGCCGCGAGAACAAUUCGGGAAGGGCCUGAGCGGCUCUCCCCGCCCUCCGUCCCUCCUUCCGUUCCUUGCAUGCAAAGGCUUGCUCUUGGUGGGGGAAGGAGGAGGAGGAAGAGGAGGAGGAGGAAGAGGAGAGACGAAAUCUGCAGCGCCCCCCCCCACCUCCCAAGCGGUUCCCCUCCGGGCCUCCCGCUGCCCCACCGGCUUCCUCGGCCCCCGCUUGGAGGGAAGGGUCGGGAAGGACGCGCUCCUCCCCACGGCGCCCUUCCUCCGGCUUCUUUCCCCCCCACACACACACACACACGGAGCCCAAGGGGCGCUUGCCUCUGCCCCAUCGCCCUGCUUGGGAGCUGUUGUUGAAUGGGGGGAAAGGUGUCAGCAGAAGGAGUCAGACAUAGAAACAGAGAAGAAAAGAGGUGGGAAAGAGAAGUAAAUUAAAAGAGGAAGAAUCAGCCGUUUGCUUCUCAAGGCAGUGGAUCACCGUGAAAUCAGAAUUUUCGAAAAUUAGAAAACAAGAGAGAAGGACAAUGAAUCAAAACCCUGUAGGUAAGAAACAUUUCAGUUCUUAUGCAAGUUUUCAAACACACUGCAAAACCUACAAAGACAAAAAACCACAUCAGUGCUUAGAGUAUGGAAGGAGUUUCCAUGAGAGCUCACAUCUGACUUCUCAUCCAAGAAAACAUGCCGAAGAGAAACCGUACAAAUGCUUAGAAUGUGGCAAGACCUUCAGCUUGAAAACCAGCCUCAGUCGGCAUCAGAGAACUCACACGGGGGAAAAACCAUACAGCUGCUUGGAGUGCGGAAAAAGCUUUCCCGUGAGCACCAGUCUGACCUCUCAUCAAAUCACUCACACAAGGGAGAAGCCGUAUAAAUGCUUGGAAUGCGGGAAAAGCUUCAGUUUUAACAAAAGCCUCAACAGACAUAAAAGAUCUCACACGGGGGAGAAACCCCAUCGAUGUUCAGAGUGUGGAAAGAGCUUCCAGGUGAGGACAAAUCUUACUCUCCAUCGUAGGAGUCACACAGGAGAGAAACCGUAUAAAUGCUCUGAUUGUGGCAAGAGCUUCAGCUUCAACAAAAGCCUCAGUCGGCAUCAGAGAACUCACACAGGGGAGAAGCCGUACAAGUGCUGGCAGUGUGAAAAAAGCUUCCAUUUGAGCACCAGCCUCACAUCUCAUCAAAGGAUCCAUACUGAGGAGAAACCGUAUAAAUGUGUGGAAUGCGAGAAGAGUUUUCAGUGGGGCACCAGUUUGGCUUUUCAUCAGAGAACUCACUCAGGAGAGAAACCGUAUCAAUGCUUGGAUUGUGGAAAGAGCUUCAGCUUAAAAGCAAACCUCAAAAGGCAUCAGAGAAUUCACACAGGGGAGAAACCGUACCAGUGCUUGGAGUGCGGAAAGAGCUUCAGUUUGAACACAAACCUCGCAAGGCAUCAAAGAACCCACACGGGAGAAAAACCAUAUCAAUGCUUGGAAUGCGGAAAGAGCUUCGGGAGGAAAACCAACCUGAGCAGGCACCAAACGACACAUACGCUGGAGAAGCCCUACAAAUGUUUGGAGUGUGGAAAAAACUUCAGUAGAAACUCAAACCUCCAUAGACAUCAAAGGAACUCACACAAGAAAGAAAAUGUAUAAAUGUUCAGAGUGUAGGAAGAACUUUAUUUCAAGGUCACACUUCAUUUCUUUUUUCUUUUUUUUAAAUCAAAGAAUUCACAU